GUAAUUUGAAAGCUAUUCUUUUAUAUUAUCAAACAGCUUUAAAAUGUGAAGCAUAGGAUUGCAUGAAUUUUAUGAGUCCUAGGCAAAUUUGUGAGCAACAGUUGAUCCCAUGCCCCAUAAAUUUGGCAUGAGGGAAUGGGAAGAUAUACAUUCUUACGUAUUUGGGAAAUUAUUUCUUGUGGAACAAACUUUCUAUGGUGAGAUAUAUAUGCCUAAGGUCUAUCUUUAAGAAUAUUCUCAUGCAAAGUUGGAAUAGUUGUUCAUAAGAGAAACGGCAAAUGUCUUUAAUUUUGAAUCUUUAAGAGAGGAAAAUCACUUAGUUAUGUAUGGUUUUGAGUUGUUAAAAUCCUGUCUCAUUUUUAUAUCCUAAAAUCCUGUCUCACUUUUAUAAAAAAAGGGACAUGACUUAUGAAGGUUGCGAAGGGAAAAAUAUGAAGUGGAACACUUACUGGGACAAACGAUUUUUAUUAUAUUUCAAGAAAAAUCUAGAAACCAUAGCUUUGUUUUUGAAUGAACUCUUGGUUAAUAAUUUCAAAUAUCUUUGUAAAACAAGAAUGAGCUUUGAUGCAAAGAUUUUGAUCAGCCCAUUUCCGUAAGUAACCUUUCACCCACUACAGCGUACGAUAUAUCGUCUUCUUCCUCUUAUGAAGCUGGGGAUGAAAUAGCGAGUGUGGAAUCCUUACAAAUUGAUUUCAGCACAAUCAGAGAUGCCACAGACAACUUUUCCGACGCAUUCAAUCUUGGGAAAGGUGGAUUUGGGACAGUUUAUAAGCUGUGAAAAGACUACCAAAGAUGUCUAGACAAGGAGAUCUACAAUUUAAAAAUGAGGUCCUGUUAGUGGCAAAACUCCAACAUCGAAAUUUAGUUAGUCUCCUUGGAUUUUGCUUAGAAGGAGAUGAACGGCUUCUUAUCUAUGAGUUUGUGCCUAAUAAAAGCCUGGAUCGCUACAUAUUUGUACAAUUGCAUUUCUACUUUUUUUGGUUCUUGUAUAUUGUAAUAAAAAUGAUUGCAUUUGGAUUUUAAAUAUUUUUCUUCAUUCCCAAGAGUAAAUUUAAAAAUAUUUCUUGUAUAAUACAAUUUAAUGAAUAUGCAGAUCCAAUGAAACGUGCACAUUUAGAUUGGGAAAAACGCUACAAAAUUAUAAAAGGCAUUGCUCGAGGACUUCUAUACCUUCAUGAAGAUUCUCGACUUCGAAUUAUCCAUCAUGACCUCAAAGUUGGCAAUAUUCUAUUAGAUGCAGAAAUGAAUCCUAAAGUUUCAGACUUUGGCAUGGCAAGGAUGUUUGUAUUGGAUCAAACUGAAGGCAAUACAAAUAGAAUUGUGGGGACCUAUGGAUAUAUGGCUCCAAAGUAUGCAAUGUUUGGACAGUUUUCAGUCAAGUCGGACGUCUUUAGUUUUGGUGUGCUAAUGUUAGAGAUUUUGACUGGCCAAAAAAUUACUCGUUUUCAUAACGAAGAAAACAAUGAAUACCUUCUAAGCUAUGCAUGGAAAGUUUGGAGGGAGGGUAUAGCUUCAAAUAUCAUAGAUCCCAUGUUAAAAGACAGUCCAAUAACUGAAACGCUGAAAUGUAUCAACAUUGGACUAUUAUGUGUUCAAGAAAAUGUAGCUGAAAGACCAGACAUGACUUCAGUUGUUUUCAUGCUUAGUGGCAAUUGUAAUACUCUUCCUAUACCUACACAACCAGCAAAUUUUAUGCUCAGCAAUGAUAUAUCAACCACUUUAAUACAACAGGACAACAGUUCCAGCGGAACCAAGCACGAGGUUUCAAUAACUGAAUUAUAUCCUAGGUAAUGUUUUGUGAAUGGAGCUAUAAGCGAUUUUGUCUAUAAAUUACGCUCACUACUGUAUAUCUGACUAUAUUUAGUGUUCCUGGCAUUAUCUAGAAAACCAUAUACCGUUUGCAUCCUUUUCCGAAUGUAAAUUGUAAACACAGUUUUAC